AUGGGCAUCGUCGAGGAUGAGCUUAAGCAUCUGAAGGAUGUGGUCACCGGCCUCGAGUCGCGCAUUAAGCGUCUCGAACAGCGCGGUACCGGCGCUUCGCCCUCGACUGAGGAGAUUCGCAUGAUCUUGAUCGGUCCUCCUGGUGCCGGCAAAGGAACCCAAGCCCCCAAGCUCAAAGAGCGAUUUUCCUGCUGCCACCUCGCCACCGGCGAUAUGCUGCGCUCCCAGGUUGCGAAGAAGACACCCCUCGGGCGCGAGGCGAAGAAGAUCAUGGACCAGGGCGGUCUCGUCAGCGACGACAUCAUGAUCGGCAUGAUCAAGGAGGAGCUCAACAACAACAAGGAGUGCCUCGGCGGCUUCAUCCUCGAUGGUUUCCCCCGAACCGUGCCUCAGGCCGAGGGUCUCGACGCCAUGCUCCGCGAGCGCAACAAGAACCUGCACCACGCUGUCGAGCUGCAGAUCGACGACUCCCUCCUCGUCGAGCGUAUCACCGGCCGCCUCGUCCACCCGGCCUCUGGCCGCUCGUACCACCGCACCUUCAACCCUCCCAAGGAGGCCAUGAAGGACGACGUCACCGGCGAGCCCCUUAUCCAGCGUUCCGACGACAACGCCGAGGCUCUGCAGAAGCGUCUGGCUGUCUAUCACCAGCAGACCUCGCCCGUUGUGCAUUACUACCAGAAGACCGGCAUCUGGAAGGGCUUGGAUGCCAGCCAAGAGCCUGGACAGGUGUGGAAGAACAUGCUGCAGAUUGUGGAGGCUGGGCAGAGCAAGGGUCACGGUUCGACGAUCCUGAGCCGCAUCACUGGCUCGAACUAA